UUAUACUUCAAAAUGGUGGAUGUUGUUUUACAAUCGCAAUAACAAGUCUUUCAGCCCUACUUGUAACAAAACACUUCAAAAACACUGGAGGAAUGUUUGCCAUUGAUAGAAUCGUUAUUGUUUUUGUAAUUCUCGUAUUGACUUGUGUACAGGACAUACAAACAAAAUGGGUAGAAGGGACAAUAAAAACAGAUUCGGACUGGAUGUUCCUAACAAGGUUCUGCUUCCUCAGCAACAUCGGGAACAUGAACUAUAAGUUAGAGUAUCCUACAAAAUAUGGAAUUCAAAAUCUCUUGUUUUACUAUGAUGUACCUGGCCAAUGGGAUGCAGUGUAUAAAAGAGAUUUGACUUGUGAUGAACAGGUAGCUGCUUUAAGAGGAUCCAAUAUAUUUCCCCUGGCUCCUGCAGGCUCUAUGUGUGUCAAAGAACUGAGGAAAGGCCAGGAGUGGUAUGUCUGUACUGGGGACAUGGAUUUCAGUUCAGCCCGCGAGAGGUGGUGGUUUGUGGUGCUGUCAAGAUGUGGCCCACCUGCCAACAAUACAGCUCGUGGGAUGUACUUGGAUUACAAGCUCCACAUGACCAAUGGGGAUGAUCUGCUACAUAAGGAGUUCUCUGCUGAUGAGUUCUAUAUUCUGGUGAUAGAUAUUAUAUUUUUUAUCAUCUACAUCAUCUUGGUGGCUCUGUCAAUUGCUUGUGCAGUGGUACUGGUGAAGAGGAAACUACUCCACACCACUUACAAGAUGUACAUGGUGACCCUGAUCAUCUGGUUCCUACACCUGUUGUGUAUGGUCAUAGCCUGGGGAUCUUACGGUUCCACUGGCUGGGAGCUUAGACCAUUGGAGGUAUUUGGGCGGAUCCUUCAAGCAUGUGGUCACAUUGUGUUCAUGCUGAUGUUGAUUCUGAUGGCUAAAGGCUACACAAUCGUAAGGGGAAGGCUCUCAAAGAAGAAUGCUGUCAAGAUCACUGUCUUCAUCAAUCUCUAUGUCAUAGCUUUGGUGGUGCUUUUUAUAUGGGAAGGGGUGCUGUUUGAUCCUGGACUUGUCCUGUACUACUACGAGAGCCCCCCGGGCUAUGGGAUGAUCACAGUCAUUCUGAUUGGUUGGCUGUGGUUCACUAAAGCUGCGGUCUUCACGUUAAAGCACUACAACUCUAAGUCUCACUUCUACAUCGUCUUUUACACAAUCUUCACCAUAUGGUUCUGGGCUGCCCCUUUCACCACCAUGUUGGCUAUGUUUGCCAUGGAGAAAUGGACCAGAGAAAAAUCUGUCAAUGGAAUACAGCAGCUGAUUGCUUGUAUUGGUCAUUCUGUGUUCUUGUUUCUGACUAUGCCCAGCAGAGCCAAUGGAAAUUUCCCAUAUCACAUUAAAACUACACAGAUUGACACUGUCAGUGAAGCCGAAGACGAAACAUCCAGGUCUGACAGCCCUUACACUAUCAGCUCAUCCGAGGCCAUCACAGGAACUGGGCCUAACCUCGCCUUCUUUGUCACCUUCAAAGGUGGGAAAUCCGAGGUCGUUGAGGGUGACAGGCCCAUGUAUAAAGCCCUGGACAGGUAUCCGUUCACUGGGGACAACUCACCUCCCAGUUACCCACAGGCUAUGGCCUUGCCCCCCAUUGGCCAUCAAGUUACCAACCAGAAUUACACCAACGCCCUCUAUGAAAACAACCAACAGAACAGUGAGCAGAACCAGGUGAGCGCCAACAAACUCCCACCACUCAGGAGAGCUAUCCUGGGUGACCUGGAGGGGGAAGCUCAGACAACUCUGCCACCUGUCAGGGGGACUGGAUUACCUUCCAUUGUACCAUCAGCACCAACUCAGCCAAUCCAGGCAACUCUUCCUCCACUGAAGGGAGUUGGAUUACCUCCCAUUACUCCAUCUUUAACCUUGCAGCAACAUUAGGAAAAAAAAUAAUCUUUUUUUGGUCUAUUUUCCUUAGUUAUAAAGAACUAAAAGCACCCAAAAUUUAAAAGAUUAGAACAAAAGCAAUCACAUUAAUGGUUAACCUUUUUUUUUAUAAUAAUAUUUUUUUUGUCAAUUUUUAAA